CAAGCAGUAGAUGGCGCCAAAGCACUGACUGGAGGGCGGAUAUCCGAGUGUUAACUUCCUGUUAGCAAACAUGGCGCAAGGUUCCCGCAAGUUUAAGGCUCAGCGUCCUGGGGCCUCUAAAAAACAACACCUCAAACAGAAAGGUCCAAAGAAAGGAGGAAGGAUCAUUGCAGCCAAGAAGGUUCACAUCGUUCAACAACAACAGUUGAAGAAGGGUCUGGAAGUUGCCAUCAGAAACAAGAUUGAACAGGAAGUGACCCAGAAGGCGAGUUUAUCCCUUCACAAGCCACUGAAUGUGGUCAAAGGUUCACAGGUCAAAACCAAGACAGGAAGCAACUCCAAAUAAUAUUAAAAAGUGUAAAAUGAUGCAUGCUAUGUUGGUUAUUUUCAUCACAUCAUAAAAACUUUGUUCAAACAUGAA